AUGAACAAUGCGGGUAAAGUCCUGAUCCAGCGCUUCGCAGGAUCGUGCCUGCCCUGUACAAGAUGGCGAACGCCAGUUCAACUCCUCCGCGGAGCAUCAACAUCCAGUCCACAACCUAAUGUCUACGCCAGCAGCUUCCCAAAUUCGGGACGUAUACAGCUAUCUCUUCUGCAAAAGCGCUCUUUCUCUCGAAGUUCCCGUUCACCAUUCCGUGAAUCCUUGGUGGUCCACGCCCUGCGGCCUCGUAAGAAUGAACAUCCGGAAGAGAAAGAGAAAGGUCUAGCUUUCCAGGACCGUGACCUGUCGCGGCAACAAUUGCAACAAGUGUUUGGUGCAAGCUGUCCUCCACCCCACAGAGCCAACCAACUCCUCCGCAUCUUGCAUGGUCGCCGCAACGAUGGUACUCUUGACCUACCACUCUCGCCCUCCAUGCAGGCCCUCCUCGACCAAUUUCCAGACGCCCAGGAUGCUGCCCUGAAGUGGCUACGAACACACUACCAACUGGACGAAGACGCUGCUAUCAUAGCCCGUCUCCAACGAGAAGAAGCCGGAGAAGAUUACUCACCGUCCGAGAUUGAGCAGCGAGGCCAGGACAUCGGGCUCUACCAUCCUCAGUCCGGCCGAUACCAGGCUGAGCUGUCGGAUUCUGGUCGCGAAGGUGAUGUUUGGGGUCGCAGCGAGCUGGAGUCGAUCCGUGCAGACAAUGAAGCCAAGGCCGCCCGCGAAGAGGAGGAGUUGCAGACUCAGAUCGAUCAAAUCAUAGCUGAAAAGCAACUCGUUCAGGAGACCAAGAACAAAGCCUUAGCUCACCGGCCAGAGCAAGGCCUCGAGUCAGCAGAUGAGAUUCGUCCUCCCAACUUGUUCGAGAAAUGGGUUUUCCGAGCGAAAAAUGAGGCCCAGAGUCGGAUGACGAUGGAAGACGUGUACAAGAUGACCUUUAUCCAACGUGUCCUGCCCUCCGCAGCCUUCGUUGCGCUGGUAUGCAUGGGUUGCUACUUGUUCGCGGAAUACUGGGGCCCUCCACGACGCGCUGACCGUUGGUUCCCCGACAUGAGCCUCACUUACGCCACUGUCUCCACGUUACUCGGCCUCAAUCUGCUCGUCUACGUUGGCUGGAAAUUUCCACCACUGUGGAAGAUACUGAACAAGUUUUUCAUCAUGACGCCUGGCUAUCCUCGUGCUCUGAGCAUGCUGGGCUGUACUUUCAGUCAUCAGAGCGCCUGGCAUUUGGUCAAUAACGCUGUCGGCCUUGUCAUACUCGGUUCCCGUCUGCACGAAGAAGUCGGGCGUCCUACCUUCCUAGCAAUUUGGAUCGCCAGUGGUGUUUGCGGAAGUUUUGCCAGCUUGGUGUUCCACGCCGCAAGACGAACCUUUAUCACUAGCAGCGUCGGCGCCAGCGGCAGUGUGUGCGGCACGAUCGCGGCACUCUGUUGGCUGAAUGCUGAUAGGUACGCCUCUAUCGUCUUCCUUCCCGAUUCGUGGAAAGAGCUGCUGUCGGCCAAGAUGUGGAUGCUUCUAGCUGGACUGCUAGCAUAUGAGACCUUUGGCCUCUUCCGGCCCCUCUCAAGGAUCGAUCAUGCGGGGCAUUUAGGCGGUAUGUUCACCGGAAUCAUCGCCGCACAGAUGAUUGACCAAAAAGAUAAUGCGAAUCAUGCGAGGAAAUCCCCAAUGCAGCUACAGUCGCCCCUCUAUGAUCUCAAAGAUGGGGUCAGUGAGAUGUUAGGCGGGAAUAAGCAGAAGGUGGGGGAGCCGAAGAAGGGUCCAAAGAAGGAUAUGGGUGUCGAGUAG